GUCGUGGAGUCACGUGUUAGAGCCCGAGGCGCCUCCCGCCGGGGCGCUUCCUGUCGCGGCUUCUUCGGCGGCCCAGGGGCCGCGGGAGGCCUGGGCGGUCCCCGGCGGGAGAAGGUCCGGGUCGGUUUCGGAUCCGCCGCGAGACAAGUGUCCAGGCUGCCAAGAUGCCAGGGCCAAGACCUCGGAAGGGCCCUCCGGCCAGUGGCCAGGGUGUGGCAGCUGCCAAGCAGCUGGGGCUGUUUAUGGAGUUCAGCCCUGAGGACAUGCUGCUGGGGAUGGAGGAGACUGAAGAUGAUGGGGACCUGGAGGCUGAGCUGCUGGCCCUCACUGGAGAAGCAGGGACCACAGGCAAGAAGCCAGCACCCAAGGGGCAGGCCCCCCUGCCUAUGGCCCACAUCGAGAAGUUGGCGGCGGACUGUAUGCGGGAUGUGGAGGAGGAGGAGGAGGAGGAAGGGCUGGAGGAGGAUGCAGACUUGCUGACUGAGCUGCAGGAGGUCCUGGGUGCAGAUGAGGAGGCUGGGCCCUUGGAUGGCGAUGAGACAGCCAGCCCAGGUGGCUCUGAGGAGAAGGAACAGGAAAACAUUGAACCUCCAGUGCAGACAGCUCUCCUAACAGCUUCAGUCCCAGCGGCUCAGGCUGCAGGGCCUCAGGGGCUGCAGGCUCUGCUGGAGGAUCGGAUCCACAACUACCGGGAGGCCGUGGCCAGUGCCAAGGAGACAGGUGAAGCAGCCAAAGCCAGGCGCUGUGAGCGCGGCCUGAAGACUCUGGAGUCCCAGCUGGCUGCUGUGAGGAAAGGCAGGAAGAUCAGUGAGGAUGAGAUCCCACCUCCAGUGGCCUUGGGCAAGAGGCCCCUGGCCCCUCAGGAAACAACCAACAGGAGCCCUGAAGCAGAACCCCCAGCUCCCCCCUCCGUGGAGCCAGACAACCCCUCCCAGCCUGAGACAAGCCUCUUGGGCAGCCCUAGUAUUUCUGGCCCCCCAGAUUCAGACCCAGACCCACGGGCCUUGCUGUUGGCCCGACAGAGAGAGUACAAGGUGGCUGCCCUGAACGCCAAGCGGGCUGGAGACCUAGAUGGUGCGCGAGAGCUCAUGAGGACUGGGAAGAGGUUUGGGGCCGUCCUGGAGGCCCUGGAGAAGGGGCAGCCUGUGGACCUGAGUGCCAUGCCCCCAGCACCUGAGGACCUGAAGCCCCGCCCACAGGCUUCCAAGGCCUCCACAGCACCCCCAGAUGCACACCCAGCAGUGGAGCGAGUGCAGCCAGUGAUGGCCCCUGACAUCCCGGCCACCCCAGUGGCCCCUACUGAGCCACAGACAGCGCUAGACGCCCUGCAGCAGAGGCUGAACAAGUACCGUGAGGCAGGCACCCAGGCUCGGGGCAGUGGGGAUGAGCGCAAGGCCCGGAUGCACGAGCGUAUUGCCAAGCAAUAUCAAGAUGCCAUUCGAGCCCACCGAGCAGGACGGAAAGUUGACUUUGCUGAGUUGCCUGUUCCUCCAGGAUUCCCCCCUAUACCUGGCUGGGAGCCCACUAUGGGUACUGAAGAGGAUGUGGUGGCAGCUACUUUAGCAGCUGCCCAGAAACUGGCCUCCUCAGAGGAUGCAGCCCCCGCAGAGGACGAUGAGGACGAGGACAAGGAUGAGCCCCCAGCCCAGGCCCCAGUGGCCAAGAAGCCAGCACAGCCUCUGGUCCCUUCAUCCCGGCCCCUGCCUGAGCCCAAAGCCUCGAGUUCUAAGGAGUCACUGAGUCCAGCUGUGCGAGAGCAGGUGGCCCUGCUGCAGGCACGGAAACUGCAGUACCAGCGGGCAGCCCUGCAGGCCAAGCGUGGCCAGGACCUGGAGCAGGCCAAAGCCCAUCUGCGGGUGGCCAAAUCCCUUGAGGCUCAGAUCACCCAGGUGCGAGCUGGCCGACCUGUGGACCUCUCCAAGGUGCCUUCACCCUUAACGGAUGAGGAGGGUGACUUCAUCCUGAUCCACCAUGAGGACCUGCGACUCUCUCAGAAGGCGGAGGAGGUGUAUGCCCAGCUACAAAAAAUGCUUCUGGAGCAACAUGAGAAGUGUGUGCUGUUCUCCAAGCAGUUUAUGCACCAGGGCAAUGUGGCCGAGACUACCCGGUUUGAGAAGCUUGCUCAAGACCGCAAGAAGCAGCUUGAGAUCCUGCAGCUGGCCCAGGCCCAGGGCCUUGACCCUCCCAGCCACCACUUUGAGUUGAAGACAUUCCAAACUGUGAGGAUCUUCGCAGAACUCAACAGCACAGAAAUGCAUCUGAUUGUUGUCCGGGGAAUGAACCUCCCAGCCCCUCCAGGGGUGACCCCUGAUGACUUGGAUGCUUUUGUGCGGUUUGAGUUCCACUAUCCUAAUUCGGACCAGGCUCAAAAAAACAAAACAGCUGUGGUGAAAAACACAAACUCUCCAGAAUUUGAUCAGCUCUUCAAACUAAACAUCAACCGAAACCACCGGGGCUUCAGGAGGGUGAUUCAAAGCAAAGGAAUCAAGUUUGAAAUCUUCCACAAAGGAUCGUUCUUCAGAAGCGACAAGCUGGUUGGCACAGCCCACCUGAAACUGGAGCGUCUGGAGAAUGAGUGUGAGAUCAGAGAGAUUGUGGAGGUCCUGGACGGAAGGAAGCCCACUGGGGGCAAGCUGGAGGUGAAGGUGAGGCUGCGGGAGCCUCUGAGUGGCCAGGACGUGCAGAUGGUCACCGAGAACUGGCUGGUCCUGGAGCCCAGGGGCCUGUGAGAACUUCCAGGCUGAGAGAGGCAAGACAAAGCCGCCCACUGGACUUGAAGACUAAGGUUCUUAAAAGGCCUUUGUUUUAGCCACGGCACGCAGGGGUCACUGGCAUGGGAGGAGCCUGCCCAGCUUCAUCUUGACCUAAGAUUUAUCCAAAUGCAGCAACUCAGCAUCGCAGAUUAGUGACUUAUGGGCAGUUGGGAACCAGCCACAACCCAAAUCAUUUUUAAAUUUUAAAAUUUCUUUCCAAUUUAGUGCAAGGCACACUUUCUUCUGAAUUAGUGAACUGAAUAAAAUAUGGAAGAAAUUUAUCUCAGAAUCAGGAAGUCUUGCUCACAAUUAAAGGGCAGACUAGUUUCUUUUAUUAUUUUCCUUUCUUAUAGCACUAUUCUGAAACCUGCAUUGUUGCUUCCCAAUUUUUGAGUGCUUGUUUUCCAAGUAUGUGUGGGCAGCUCUUAAAAGAUCUUGUCCCUUAAGUGAAGGCAACUGCUUUUAAGAUGAAACUGUGGGGCUGAGACUGGUAGAAGGCAGAGGCAGGUAGCUUGCACCUGGUCCAGUUCCAUCACAGAUAGAUUCUUCCCUCCUCUGGGCCUCAGCUUCCCAAACUCUAAAAUGGGCAUUAUCAUUCCUAUUCUGCUCCUUAUCCCUUCUGGCUACAUUACAAUCCUCCAAAUCCCAUUACUGUCAUUAUUAAAAUUAUUUUAGCAUUAUUAUUAAAACAGAAACCACCAUCACAAACUUGCUCUAGAAACAGUGUUCAGCAGAUUGCUUGCUUGUUGUCUGAAAUGCAUUAAAUGCAUAAAUUAUUCCCCAGAUGACUAGUUAUGACAGAAGUAAAUUCGGUUGGAAAUUCUGGGCUCACCAGCAUUCAGGAAACACUGUGCAUGAGGGAAGACACUAGAUGGGAACAUAUACAGGGCAAAGUUGCAUAUUUCUGUAGCCCUAGAGUCCGGUAAGUGCUCAGAUAAGAGUUGAUAAAAAGAAAUGGAGAAACUACAUUGCCGAGCAUUUGGUAAGAAUUUAGUUUUUAAAAAUUU